GUCGCGGAUAUUCCACUUCUGUCCCUUCCGCGAGCAGAGCGGCAGAGAGAGCGAGAGCGCCGUACUUCGGCUUUUGAACAGCCGUGAGCCCGCAACGCACUUCGGGCCAGCUUCGGCCGACGGCGUGCAGCAGCCCGCGCGGACCAACGGCACAACAUCGCCGCUACAACAACUUCAAUUUUAUUUUACGCGGACGAGGCGAACGGUGCGUAUUCUUCGCGCUGCGCUGCUGCUGAAAACGCGCCACACAAAAACACACCAGACAACUCUGCAUCUAAUUAUUACCGCUACACAGAAGGAACCCGCGUACCAGAGAAUCGCUAAUCGGCGACAACAGUUCAGCCCGUUGAGAUAUUGUUUUUUGUCAAUUGGCGGGUGCGCGAAAAAAAGGCGAAAUUUGUGCGAAAAUAAAAACCCCAUCCUGCGUGGCCAACGUGAGCGUGUGUGUGUGUAGUGAAAAAGAAUAUUAGCGUGCAAAAGAAAACCGCGUGUGUGCAAAGUGUUCGAAAAUAAAACCACACAAGGUAUUAAAACAAACCGAGGUGCAAAAGAAAGGUGAAUUUUCUCAGCGCAUGAAAAGAAUGUUGAAAAGUGCACACACAGCAACGAAACGAGGAUAAUAUUUGCAAAGUGCUAAGCGUAGACACAAGACACAGUGUGUGCGGUGGGCAACAGCGAGUAGAGUGAGCCGCUUCAACACAGCCAAACGCACACCAAAAGAGGGAAAGCAAAGCGGUGGGAAUAAUGCACCCGCGUUUAUCAUUAGCGCGGCUUUCUUCCCAUGUUCGGUGGUGGUCGUGGUGAUCGUCCUCUUGCUCACACUACUGCACGAUGGCUUCCAGUGUGUGGAGCGGUUAGGUGCGCUCGAUCGACACACUUGCGGCGUAUUCCGUGGUUUGACCCGCAACUGCCAACAGCCAGCAGCAACCGGCAAACCAGGCAAAGCACAAGCGAGGAGUAGAGUACUACCAAAUCACUGCCAACUUUGGCUCCAACGAUCGAACACCGUGUAGUGAACAGUGUCCCAGCGAUUCCCCGGUCUAGUUACGCGGCUUUACAAUUUGUGUGUGCGUGUCCUGCCCCCUUUGUAGUGCAGUGUGUAGUGGUGGUAGCGGCCGAUCAAACACAUCAAACCUUAGCCGCGCGCGUGUUAGUGAUUGAAAGCUCGCGAACUGUGGCCGGCGUUGAUCGCGCCUAUCUGUGAUUUGGCGGUACAGGCGGAAGGUUAUUACCCCGCUCGGCGCUAUUAGAAAACGGACGUACAAGACACACAUACGCACAAUUGCGAUCCACGCGUGGAUCGCAAACGCUCGAACAGCUCGAUUGGAUACAGUAUUAGUGCCGAAUACGUCAAACGAGCGCGUAUCUGACCUACAGCGAAGCGAAGCGUGUGUUGAUCUGCGAGUUCGCUGCUGAUAAGCGCUGUCCUUCACACUCCUUAAAAAAAGUGUUUCACUGUGUGUUGUGUGUGGGUGCAUGAGUGUGAUGAAUCGUGUUUAAAACCAUUCCAUUCCGUGCCGUCAGCAGUGGCAGCAGCAAACAACAACUAACCCAAGGCAAGCACAGGCUCCCCCCAAGCGCGCCUUUUGUUCAACCGUUCAACGCACAGUGUGCGGGUGCGUGCAAGUGUGUAAGCUUGUGUAAGCGUGUGUGUGUGUGUGUUUGCAAAAGUUUCGUUCUGAACCGGACCCGCUCGCCAGGCAAGGGGCGCGGUGGGUCAGCAACCGUGCGCAACGGUGGAGGUUACUAGCGCCACCGGUGGUAGCGUCCACGGGCACGAUAGUACCGGCUUCGUACUGGCCCGGAACCGCCAACCGCAUCUUCCUCCUUCCCCCCAUCACCAGCGGCCCCGGCAACGGCACCGGCUGCACGACCAGCUGCGGCAGCACACCGGCGCGACAACGACGGCGGCGGCAACGACGCCACCACCACCACCACCUCCAACGGCCACCACCACGACGACGGCGUUCGCCAGCAGCGCCUCCCCCUCCUCCUCUUCCACCUCACUGGCGACCGAAAGGUUAAUAACGUUCGGUAAAAUUAGGAGAUACCGGGAAACGAGUGCCGCCUCACCGUCAUCGAGGACGUCGCCAAGUGCACAAUCGCUUCUGAUGAUGAUGAUGGCCACAGCAACCAAGGGCAAACGCCCGCUCCGUCACCUCACGGCGACGGACAAGAUCGACGCCAUCCAGCGCAUCCACGACGGCGAGUCGAAGGCGUCGGUCGCCCGGGACAUUGGCGUGCCGGAGUCGACGCUGCGCGGCUGGUGCAAGAACGAGGAGAAGCUGCGCUACAUGUCCCGCCAGUCGGUCGAGAACGCGGAGAAGCUCAGCAACGAGGCGACCGCGGCCGCACUGACGGCGGCCGCCGCCGCCGAACUGUUCAGCGGACCGCCCGAGAAGCGCCUCAAGCUCGAGUCGGCCAUGUUCGGGGGCAACGGUAAGCUCAAGUACGACGACAGCUUCUACAAGGUGGCGGCUGCCGCCCGCGGCUCCCUCAACGGGCUCGACCUGUCCGGCGGAGGAGGAGGAGGAGGCGGCGGCGGAGCGGGCAGCGGCGUCGACAAGUCCGGGCCGCUCGGCGUGUCCGGCGGCGACAUCAUCAUGAACGGGCUGGCGGGCGCAUCGCCGGCCGACUUUAGCCAGUUCGCCAAGACGGCGGCCGAAAUGUCGGCGCUCAGCAAAUCGAAGGCGUACGGGGCGGAGCUGGGCAAGCACCAUCACCACGGGGGCGAUCCGUCCAAAGCCGACCACCAUCUGUCGAUGGCCGCCAUCAGCCCGCUGACCAGCCUGAGCCACCUGUCGGGCAUGUCGGGGCUGGGACAGAGCCCGCUCGCCCUCAGCUUCAACGACAUCGCCACCAACCUGAACCUGAUCGCGCAGCUCAACAACAACCACAGCCUGGCCACGAUGUCCAGCCUGGCCGGGGGGCUCAAUACGGCGGCGGCUGCGGCCGCCGCCGCCCAGUCCCUGCGCAACGUACGCCCGAAGGGCUCCGGCAGCUCGGCCGCCAAUAACAAUGGCGGCACGGGCGGAGGCAAUGGACGAGGCAGCAAUCUGCAGGACAGCAGUAACGGUGGAGGCGGCGGCGGCGGAGGCGGCACCGGUGGUUCGGCGAACGGGACGGGCAGCGGCGGCACGGACAAGUCGUCCGCGGGCGGCUCGACCGGCCCGUCGCUCACGGUGCGCAAUCUCGCCAAGCUGCAGCAGCAGAAAAGCUCGUCCGGCGAGCUCCUCGGUAACGGUAUGCUUCACCAACAGUCCCACCACCACGCUGCUGGGCUCUCGACACUGUCUGAGCAGUAUCGAAAAUCCAGCAACCACUCUAGCAAUCCCGCCACUAGCACACCCACUACAACCACUACCAAUGCUUCCGUAGGUCGCGACCCGAAUGCCGCCCCCGUCGACGAUGCGCUCUGGUACUGGCUCAAGUCGCAGCAGGCGAUGCUCGGGCUGAACAAUCUGUACACGGCGCUGCCGCGCGCCGCCAGCCACAGCCCGCCGACGCCGCCCCCGCCCCUAGGACUCAACAGCUCCGUGACGGCCGGGGCCGGAUCGCCGAACCAGACCGCGCUGCCGCCGACCGCGCACACGCCCCACACGCCACCGCCGCCGCUCGUCGGUCCGCCGCUCGUCAGCACGCCGCAACCGACGCCACCGUCGUCGGCCCCGUCGCUCACGCCCGAGGACACGAAGAACUCGUCCUGGUUCUGGCAGUGGUACAAAACGUUCGGCGCCUCGCUGAUGCCCGGCGGCGGUACGGGAGGUGGCACCGGCUCCAGCGCGGUGGUCCCCGACAGCAAGCAGGCGCUGCGCGAACAGCAGCAGCAGCAGGCGGCCCAGCAGGCCGCCAUCGCGGCCGCACUGCACCAUCACAACAACAACAACAACUCGCUCAGCCAGCAGAACCAAAACAGUGGCGCUUCCGGGCAGAAGGGCGGAGCGGCCUCAACGGCCGCCUCGCUGACCGCCGCCUACGAGAACAUCCUCUACUCGCAGCUGACCAAGGGCUCGAGCGCGGUCGACACGCUCAACAACAACCACCAUCACCAUCUGAACCACCAUCUCAGUGCGCACCUGAAGGACGAACCGAUGGAUCUGAACAUCAUGGGUGGGGCGGCGAACGAUGGUGACUCGAAGCCGGAGGACCUGUCGAACCAUCACGCCGGCAGCGGCAAGGCCGGCAAUGGGGACGAGCGGCGCUCGCGCUACCACCCGCAUCCCAACUCGCCCAGCCGGCCUUCGUCGGCCUCGUCGGUGGCGUCCUCAGCGAUGAGCGCUCACGGGUCGCGGGAGGGAGGUGGCGAGCGGUUGCUGCGACCGGUACGCACCUCCGAGGAGCGUGCGAACGACGACGAACUGGCCGCCGCACUCGACGAUGGUGAGGAGCGCGAGGCGAAAUCGUCCGUCACCGCGGUAGUGGAGGCCACCUCGACCGAUGCCUGCGGUGGUCUCAAUGGGGUAGAGGAGCACGACGAGGAGGAGAUGGAGGAGGAGGAGGACGACGAUGAAGAGCGAGCGGCACGCAUCGCUGACGGGCCGCGCGUGACCGCAGACGACGAACCCGACCAGGGGAAGGUGACACCGGCGCCAGAGGACGAGCGAAAGCGUGCCGGAUUGAAACGCCGCCGCUGCUCGUCGACCGACGCGAAGGAGGCGCUGGACAACAUCCUGUUCAGCGGCAACAGCAACGAUCGGUGCUCCACUACCAGCAGCGCGGCGCCAUCGCCCCCUCCACCGCUGCUUGCGAUGGUCGUGCGCGGAGGUUCCAUCAGCCCGACGACCGGCACAGCGCUCACGGAGCUGAACGGCGGCGGCGACGAACUGACCCGGCUGGAUGCGAAGGGCGAAGCAACAACCACCGGUGCGGAGGAUGCGAAGAGCGAAACGUCGGAAGACUCCAACCACGGGCAGCAGACGGUGGCCGUGGCGGACAUCCGCAACUCGGCCGAGGCGGUGGAACACGGUGAGAAGUUCCUAAAGUGGCUCGAAGCCUGCAGCGACCCCAACGUGACCGCCAUGCAGGUGAUGCAGUUCAAGUACCUGCUCAACAGCAUCAAGCUGAGUGCCGAGCGGCAGCUGCAAACAGCGACGGCCGGCAGUGCGUUGGCAGGGGCCGGUACCGAGGAGCGCACGCGUAUCCGCAAGCGCAAGUAAGGCGCGUCGCUUGCUGCCCGCGUCGUGUAUCGUUGUACAUAGUGAUGUAUGUCGGCGUACGGCCACGCUCAUCGGGUUUGCCGCAAACAACUAGACCCCAAAACUAGAACUAACUUAAGGCGACCUAUAUUAAGUAGUUGAAUUUUUUCAUUUCCAUACAUUCCCAAAUUGAUGAUAAAGCUCCUAAACUAUCGAGCGGGAGCGGGUUAACGUAUUGCAAUAUAUGUUUCUGUUGAUUCUGUUCGUUCGUCUGAAACAUUUGCCGCAAAACAUUCCAAAAUUGGAGGCAAUAUUUACUCUAAAUCGCCAUAGGAAACAAAUAGCAUGAAUUCCAAACCACCCCCCUCCUCCCCCUGAAUGUAUCUUCCAUUUUCUCUCCCCCUUUUUGGCUGAGUUAUCAUUAAGUUGUAGUUAAUCUGCUGCUCCCCCUACCCCCCCCCCCCCCCUCUUUCUCUCCCGUAUAUGUGUACCUAUUGUUAAUAAGUUUGUAAAUAGCGUUCGAGCGAUCGUGGGCAGGGUUAUUGAAGGAGUUUCAAUUUAAAGCAGAAAACAAACUGGCCAAAGCGAGCAUUUACGGAUAGUGGGUGGAUCGGCACACUUUGAAGAUAAUGAUACUGGGGUCGAGCUGGGACAGGAUUAAAGCGUAUCCCGUGCACCCUACCACCUGAAGCAAACUACGGUAUGAAAAAUCCAUCUAUUUGUUGCGCGGAUCCAUGAUGCCAAAUGUACAACUACUUAGAAAGCACACCUUAACUUAUGUAACUUAACGAAAUGCGGUAACGAUACAAAGGGUGGAAGGGACAACAGCUAUAGCUCCACACGCACACACAUACUCCACAUGCUCACGCAGCAAGCGCGAUAUGGAGGUACAAACGGCCGUAUUUCCCUCCGCUCUUGAGUUUAGACGCAAGAUCUCGUAGAGUAUAUGUUUGCGCUAUUUUCCCCCGCAAGGGAGAACUUGUCACGCACUGAAUGGAUGUUCUUAUGUGUGUUUUUUGCUCAAGAAUUAAUUAAAUCGUAAAACUAAACACAGCCAACAUAUUUCAAACUCUAAACGGUAGUAGCAGCGACAGAAAUAAAAAAAAAAAACAAACGCUCCACCCCUCUCUCUCUCGCUCUCUUUGCUGUGAUGAGGGGGAGUGUAGGUUACAAUGCAUCACAUAAUUGUAACGAGACGUAUGUGAGGCUCAUCUUCCUGACAGCCCACAUACACACACACACACACAAAACAGAUUCUUUACAUGAAAAUCUCUGCAAAGGCAAGCGGGGCAAGUAUUUCAUUUUAGGAAAUAUUGAAAAAAACAAAUUGUAAAAAAAAAUAAUUCAGACCGUUGACAGAGGGAGCAAAAACCGAAAACUGGGAGUCAAAAACAAUUCAAGCGCAAAAGAGGAUGAGAAGAAAAAAAUAUUAUAUAUAUACACAUACGAACAAACACACUCACCCAUACACAUCUAUAUUCUAUAUAUUUAGGUAAAAAAAAAGACGGAGAAAGCGAAAAUAGGGCGGACAAUUUAGGCAGCGCGACAAACAAAUGUCAUUGUGAUUUUUUGGACUAUUUCCUAGUAAACGAAAAAUUCCUCUAGCAGAAGAAAAAGCAGAAAGAUAGCAGCGCACGAAACGUAGGAAGCGAGCUCUGCGCCAAGAUGCUGUUAGCGGUGCGCGCGCGCGCACCACUUUAUUAGCGGUUAGUGGUGUUUUAGGAUAACAAUUGAUGGCAAAAGCAGAACAAAAACAAAAACGGAAAGCAAAGCGCAACGGGGCGCGAAUGAAGAAGAAUCUUUGCAAAAGACACAAAACAGAGCCACACACACACUGAUGAUAUUCCUAUGUAUAAACAAAACGUGAAGUAAUUGUAAAAUUUGAACUCUAUCACUAAAAAGAAAAUGUUGAACAUACAUAAAUGAAA